GCCCACGGAAGUUGAAACGAGCCGUCAGUCUUCAGAACUUCUGUCAGAAAUAGCUUCUUCAGAGGCCAGUGCUGAUGAGGAUGAUCUCGAAAAGAAGCAUUAUGAAGAGGUGGUUGCUGCAUUCAAACAUUACAGACCGUUUAUGAAUUUAAGACUUCAUCAGAAGCGCAAGGAUUUUGAAGCCUUACCACUUCGACACCAGCUGUUAUUACCAAGGUUCGUUGAUCAUCUGAGCGAUGUCCAACACUGCGUAGAACACAACAACGAGAUCAUCAAAAUCAUCGUCGAAAACACAGACAGUAUGUUUGUCAACAGAGACGAUUACAAUGGUCCAGAGAAGGUCAGCAAACGAUCAAAGGUCAACAAUGGAGUCGGCAAACUGGACAUGGAGAAAGUGCUGACAACUGUCAAGCAGUUUGUACGGGACUGGAGCCAAGACGGGAUAAGCGAGAGGCAAGCCUGUUACGGGCCAAUCAUUGACGAGAUUCAAAGGAGAUUUCCGGUUGAAGAGUGCAAUAGAGACAGUGUUAGAGUUUUAGUGCCUGGCGCCGGUCUGGGGAGACUUGCCUUCGAGAUUGCAAGUCUUGGUUACAGUUGUCAAGGCAACGAGUUCAGCUUAUUCAUGCUAUUUGCUUCACAUUUUGUACUUAAUCGAUCUGUAGAGGUCGACUGUUUUACGAUAUACCCCUGGGCACACCAGUUCAGUAAUCUCCGUAGCUCCAGUCAACAAAUCAGGCCGGUCACGAUACCAGACACCGACCCGUCCGGUCUACGGGAAGAUGCAGACUUUUCCAUGGUUGCAGGCGAUUUCUUGGAAGUUUACAAAAAAACAGCUGUUUGGGACUGUGUAGCAACGUGUUUCUUCAUAGACACUGCACAUAACAUACUAGCCUAUGUGGAAACCAUUUAUAAGAUCCUCAAGCCUGGAGGUUUCUGGAUCAAUCUGGGUCCACUGCUGUACCAUUUUGAGAACACUGCUAAAGAGCCCUCCAUUGAGAUCGCAUAUGAUGUGCUGAGGCAGGUCAUUCUGGAUUUCUCCUUUGUAAUGCUGCGUGAAGAGACAAUACACACAAGUUAUCUACAAGACCAAUUCUCCAUGCUGAAAUACGAGUACGAUUGUGUUUUCUUUGUCUGCCAGAAACCCCUACAUGCAAAUGAAACGACCCACCAUACCACUACCAAAGACAACGAAGAGCAAUAAACGGAGAGCGCACUGUUUCCUAGCAGAUCGGUGGGAUAAUUGAGCAAAAUUUGAAAUCUCACUCAUUUUUUAUACAGAAAGGUUAUAAAAAUCACAGAAAAAAACACCUAUUGUAAAUACAAAUUAUAUUCUUCUAAAAUAGGAAUUUUUAAUGAUAUUAGGUCUGUUUGCAAAAUUAUGCAUUGUAUUUUCUCAGUGAAUUGAAUUUUUUAUGCUGUGCCUCCUUAUUACCUGAUUGGUCAAGAUGUGCCACACCCAUCUGCCAUUCCCCACCAUGGGCAAGGCACCAAUCUUUUUGGGGGUUCAUCAAUGCUAUGCUCUCUCUGAAAACAACACCAAUCACUCCAGGUAAGCUUUGGAUAAAUUUCUUUAUGAUUGAUUCACAUAAGUUACAUUUUGCAGACUCAUGGCAUCCUUUCACUUUUAAAACCAUGCACUUGUAACUAACCAAGGAAGCUACGUCUUUGAUUGGAAAUAUGCAACAGACAUUUAAAGGAACACGUUGCCUUGGAUCGGACGAGUUGCUCGAUAAAAAGCGUUUGCAACCGUUUGUUAU